AUGGCCGAGGGCUGUUCGAUUGCUGUCAUGAUGAGGGGAGCUAGGCUCAGGGCUAUCACGACGCCGCGUGACAUAAUUAUUGCUUUUAACUCAUCCGGUGGCAAGCAGCAGCCCAGCCCUGUCGCCAGCUCGUCCAAAUCUGGUGAUUUGUCCGCCAAUUUGGGGCCAACGACCGUCGCCGAUGCUAACUGCGCGAUAACGGUUCGCGUUUCGCUCAGCUACCCACUACGCGACGCGGGCAGACUUGUCUGUAAAUUGUCUGCUAAUGCACAUUUCACUCGUCGUCACACGUUAAUGGAUUUUGUUGAGGGACGAGCUAGUGAGAUGUUGUGGCUGAAAUGA